AUGGAGCCCUUCUUGUCCACAGGUGAGGAGAUAAUCAGGCGCAGAGUGUUAGCUGAGACCUCCACAGCGGACCGGGGCAGAGCUGAGGACACACCCGGGGACAGAGCACCGUCCUCCCGCAGCAGCCUCCACCACGCUCCGGUGAUCAGCGGGGAAGGAUGGGCCGGCUGGACCCCGUGUCUCCAGAGUGUCUCCUGGUGGCCGCCGUAG